AUGUCGCGGCUUGCAGGCACAGGCUUUGAAAGAGCAACAUAUCCCCAGAGCAACACUUCAAAGCAAGUUCUCACUGCUGCUGCAACUUUGGUAACUCAACGUAACAGCGCACACAUCACACAUCAGGUUGUUGAUACAAUGCAAGGAUCACGUCCACUCCCUUCUGCAAACCUACAGUUCACACCAACAAAACUCUCCAGCACUGCAAGUCAUGCUGGCUUUACAGCCUCUCCAGUGCAAUUCCUCAAUCAUAUAACAAAUUCUGGGACUGUCACGGAAGAUUUGGCCAUCCCAGCUGAAAGCCCAUUCUCAACCGUAUCCACACAGCCUCGCUUGAAUGACCUAAUGGAAGCAAAUGGUGUAAUUUGCUAG